CAGAAAUUCUUUCCCCUUAUAGCGACGCUUUAAACAUCGCCUAUGCCCCAAUUUUUGCUUUUCAUUUUCCCGAUCGAACUCAAAUGAAUUUUCGCUGCCAAAUUCAAUCUUGUAACAAAAUGGAUAAUGAAUGCAAUGGAUUGACUCCCCCAAAUUGUCCAAAUUCUGUGAAUUAUCCUCCUCCACCCACUCCAUAUCCAGCUUCUCAGUAUCCCUAUGGACAGCAACAACAACCUCUAAUACCUCAAAACCCCCCUCAAGGAGAGGCAUACGCAAAUUACUUGAAUAAUCCAACGAUCGGUUCAACACCUCCAUAUUCCCUUCCUACCUACAUUGGCGCUGGGGUUUGUUUUUUCACCUCAAAAAAUUUUCAAAAAAAUUUUGAAAACACACAACAGAUCUCCCCAACUUGGCCCCCAAAUGCUUUACCCCUUGGAAGCGUUCUUCAAGGAAAUCCUUCACAAGUGCUUCAAGGUAUUGGACGCCCGUGGCCUGCAAAUAUGCGCCGUAGAGUGGAGAAGCAUGAAGGACAAUCCCUUGAACACAAGAUACUUUUGGCUACACAACAAUUAAUGAAGUAUAUUUUUUAA